AGCGAACACCUUUCUCCGUCGCACCUUGGGAUUGCCUUCUUCCUCUCCUCUCCACUCCACUGAAGCCUGCGUGCAGGCGGGAUCAGGCGAAGAGACAUUCUCUAGGUCUUCUCAACUUAGUUCACUCUUCCUAGGCCAGACUCUUCAGCUACUCCGAGUAGGCCUGUGGUCGACAGGCUCGGUACAUUCGAAAGCCUCAGCCUCGCUCGCUCGCGUUCCGGACACUUAUCUCGUCCGCAUUAUCGAGCAAGCCCUAUCGCCGCUGUCGUGACAGUGUUAAACCGGUUAGCUGUUAACCAUGGCGUCGUCGUCGUUCACCGGGCGGCUGCAGGUAUCGACCGUCACACGGUCGGCUCCUGCUGCUGCGUCUGUGUCCGUCGCAGGCUCGCUUCGGCAACAGCCUGCUGCUGCUGCGUUGCAUGUCCAUUCCGCUCACUGCUCGCACGAACCUGAAAAUGCGAGUGCCUGCGGAGAACAACCUAGCGAUGUCCCCAGCACCUCGAAAACCAACACCAGCAGCACCAGCAGCACCAGCAGCCGUCGGCAUCUGCUCUGUGGCACGUGCGGGACGGCCAUGGCAGCAGCGGUCGCGGCUGUUUCGGGCGAUGCGAGAGCGGAAACGCUCCCUGCCCCUUCCACCAACUCCUCGGUCUGCCGCAACUGCCAGGGAGCCGGCGCUGUAGUCUGUGACAUGUGUGGAGGAACUGGCAAGUGGAAGGCGCUGAACCGCAAGAGAGCCAAGGACACCUACGAGUUCACAGAAUGCCCCAACUGCUAUGGUCGAGGCAAGUUGGUGUGCCCAGUGUGCCUCGGCACCGGAAUGGGGAAUGCCAAGGGUUUGCUGCGGCGACCCGAGGCAAAGCAGCUGCUGGAUCAGAUGUAUCACGGCCGCCUGCUCCCUCCCUCCUAGGUGCUCAGCAGCUUCUGGAUACCGGUUGUAGCUGUGAAACCCUCGCUCGUGCACUUCCCAUUGCCUGUUGGUGCAUCACUGUGUUAGGCUGGCUUUAUAGUGAUCCAACCAGCAUGGCCAGAGUCCCCAUACGUUUGCCUGCUCACUAAGCAUAUUCUGCCCAUUAGUACACUUGGUUAGUGCCGACCAUAUGAUGUGUGUUAUUAGAUAUGGUGAUCUUGCUGCUUGGUAAUCAUGUGAGCAUCCUUGAGUUAUUGAGUGAAAUG